CUGUAUGGGGAGCCGGCGGGGAGACGGGAGAACGGGAGGAAGAGCCCUGGGCUGGAGGGAUGAAGUUAAUGGUCCUGGAGAGGGUUAGGGUGAGUUAGACCUAGAGCCAGAGCCAGAGGCUGAGGCUGAGGCCGCCAUCUCCCCUCCCUCGCCCUGCAGCUGCGUCGAGAGGCCCGCCUGCGGCGGGAGUACUUGUACCGCAAGGCCCAGGAGCAGAAGCAGCACCUUCUGGAGGAUAAGAAGCGGAGGCUCAAGAAGGCCCUCGAAGGUAGUAGGCACGGGGCGGCCGGCCCCCUUCCGGGAAAUAGGAUUUCCAUCCCACUCCCCGAUGCGCUCCCCUCCCUUCUCACCAUUCUCUUCCCUUUCCUCCCCUCCAGAGAACCAGCCGAUACCGACGGAGCUCCGAAGGGAAGCUCUGACCCUUCAGCGGGCAUUGGAGUUUGAUGACGCUGGAGGUGAAGGUGUCUUGAGCCACCAGGAUGAUGAAUACCGAUGGGCAGGCGUAGAAGAUCCCAGAAUCAUGAUUACCACGUCUCGAGACCCCAGCUCUCGCCUCAAGAUGUUUGCCAAGGAACUGAAGUUGGUAUUCCCUGGUGCUCAGAAGAUGAACCGGGGGCGACACGAGAUGGGUGCUCUGGUCCGGGCUUGUAAAGCUAAUGGGGUCACAGAUCUGCUGAUGGUGCAUGAGCACCGAGGAACCCCAGUUGGCCUCAUCGUGAGCCACCUGCCCUUUGGGCCCACUGCGUAUUUCACACUGUGUAAUGUGGUGAUGAGGCACGACAUCCCUGAUCUGGGCACCGCCUCAGAGGCCUUUCCUCACCUCAUCUUUCAUGGCUUCUCUUCCCGCCUUGGACAGAGAGUCUCCAAUAUUCUCCGAUACCUGUUCCCUGUACCCAAGGAUGACAGCCACCGAGUCAUCACCUUUGCCAACCAGGAUGACUACAUUUCUUUUAGGCAUCAUGUGUACAGGAAGCCAGAUCAUAGGACAGUGGAGCUGACAGAAGUGGGGCCGAGAUUUGAGAUGAAACUGUACAUGAUCCGCCUGGGCACGUUAGAGCAUGAAGCCACCGCAGAUGUAGAAUGGCGUUGGCACCCAUAUACCCAUACAGCCCGCAAGAGGACCUUUCUCAGUGUCUAGCAGGCCUCUCAGGAAAGGAACUUAUGAAGCUAGCACCUGAGUACACACUGGACCAUAGGCCAACACAAGACCACAGGAAAGCAGCCUUGACUGAGGAGAGGCCAACUCUGUUACUGCCAUUAAAAUCCACCUGUCUCCUUCCUUUCUCUGUA